GCCAAAACCCUGUGGGAGGGCUGACAGUGUCACAGCUCACAUGGCCGCAAUUUUAAACCCUUAGCCUCCUUUUCCUUCUCCUCCUACUGUUUCUCCAUUUCCAUCAUCCCCGCAGCGCCAAACCCCUUUCUUCAACCGCUUUCCCGCUCUCUGUUUUUCUAUCUCAUUCUCUUUUCUCUUCAAACCUCUUCAAAACUGUUAAUAGGGUUUUUGCUCACUGAAAUGCCCACAACAACAAGCGAUGCAGAAACUGUUGCGAUUAAACCCUUCGUCUUCUUCCUCAGCCCCCAUUCUCUGUACUGCUGUUAAACCCUUUUCUUCUCUACCUUCCAAGACCACCCUCUUCAGCCCUAAACCACCGCAGCAGCCUCUUCUUAUGUCGGCUGCUACUUCAUUUCAUAGCGGCGUCACUGGCUCUGCCUUUUCCGCUUCCUCUCUUAUCAGAAAACCCUCUUCCGCCGUUGUGUCUUCUCGCUUCGUCGCCGCUAAUUCGUCCAGAAAUUGCUACUUGUGCCGGUGCGCAAUCGAAACCCCUGCCGCAUUGCGUGCGUGGGUUGUGUUUAAGGAUAAUCGAAAUGGACUGCGACGGCCGGCGUGGGUGCACACGGAUUCUGAUGGGUUGUUUUCUUCUUCUGGUGUUGAGGAGCUGAAGAGCUCGAGGGUGGCUGUGGCUGGUGAUAAUGGUGGAGAUGGAGAUGAAAUGGUGUGUGAUAAUGGUAGAGAAAGUGGGAAGGUUUUGGAGGAAAAAGGGUCUAAGUCGAAUAGGAGGCAGAAGAGUUUGUCUGGUGGAAGCGUGUUGGUUGGUGAUCCUGAUUUGUUGACCAUUCCUGGAGUUGGUCCAAGGAAUUUGAAGAAGCUAGUGGAGAAGGGGAUUGGAGGAGUGGCUGAGCUCAAGCAGUUGUAUAAAGAUAAGUUCUUUGGUGAUUCUAGCCCGAAGAUGGUUGAGUUCUUACAGAGUUCUGUUGGAAUUAUCCACAGAAAUCAUGCUGAAAGUAUAACUGCUUAUAUAAAAGACAGUGUCGAUGAAGAGUUGACAGAGGACAGUUCAAACUCAGAUGCAAAGCCAUCUCAGAAGAAACGGAUUACAUUCUGUGUCGAGGGAAAUAUUAGUGUUGGAAAGACGACAUUUCUUCAAAGAAUAGCUAAUGAAACUCUUGAGCUACGUGACCUGGUUGAAGUGGUUCCAGAACCUAUUGACAAGUGGCAGGAUAUAGGACCUGACCACUUCAAUAUACUAGAUGCAUUUUAUGCCGAGCCUGAAAGAUAUGCUUAUACUUUCCAGAAUUAUGUGUUUGUCACAAGAGUUAUGCAGGAGAGGGAGUCUUCUGGUGGAAUCAAGCCACUCAGGUUGAUGGAAAGGAGCGUUUUCAGCGACCGAAUGGUGUUUGUGAGAGCUGUUCAUGAAGCAAAUUGGAUGAAUGAGAUGGAGAUCAGCAUCUAUGACUCGUGGUUUGAUCCAGUUGUAUCAACCUUGCCCGGGUUAAUUCCUGAUGGUUUCAUCUAUCUUAGAGCAAGCCCUGAUACAUGCCACAAAAGAAUGAAGCUACGUAAGAGAACUGAGGAAGGUGGGGUCAGUUUAGAGUACCUCCGUGACCUGCACGAGAAGCACGAAAGCUGGCUGUUCCCUUUCCAAAGUGGUAACCAUGGGGUUCUAUCUGUCAGUAAGCUUCCAUUUCAUCUAGACAGUUCUUUACACCCUGAUAUUAGGGAUCGUGUCUUUUUCUUGGAGGGUGACCAUAUGCAUAGAAGCAUUCAGAAGGUGCCUGCAUUGGUUCUUGAUUGUGAACCAAACAUUGAUUUCAGCAAAGACGUUGAUGCUAAGAGACAGUAUGCUCGUCAAGUUGCCGAAUUCUUUGCAUUUGUAAAGAAGAAGAACGAAGCGUCUUCAUCAACUGCUGGACAGGACAGCGGAAAUGAUUCCCAACCACAAGUAAUGCUGCCAAACAAAGGAUUAUGGGUACCGGGUGGGAAUCAUUUCCCAGAAUCAGCUCUGAAAUCAUUGGAUUUCAGGCGGGCAAUGUCGAUGAUGUCUGGUUAGAGAUCAAAUCUUCAUCCAUGUCUUUUUUUUUUCUUUUCCAUUUUGAUUCCCAGAUUCAUCUCAACAGCCCCACUUGUUUUUCUGUUGUGUUUCUGGUGAAUGUGGACUAAUGUGUAAAAAUGGUUGCUGCUGCUGUUAGUGCUUAGGAAUGUAGUUAGUUUGUACGAUGUUAGUGUUGGAGAUGGUUUUGUAGGUUGUAAAACUCUCCUCCAGUUUCAAAAAAUUGUUGGAGAUACGAUGAACUGAUGAACUAUGCUUACUAUAAUUGUCUUUAUGAGAAGUUUCUGACUUUUUCAA